GGUGGCCCAGGUGCUGGGUCGGGUCAGGCUGGGCUGCUUUGCUGGGAGAUGGCUGACUGCAGAGUGGAGGCACCGGGUCCGAUUCUGGAGCCGGGGAUCGGUGGCGGGGCCACGCAGGCUAACAAUAACCCGCUGGCCAGGAAGCUGAAUAAAAUCCUGGAGACCCGGCUGGACAAUGACAAGGACAUGUUGGAGGCUCUUAAAGCCUUGUCUGUAUUCUUCACUGAGAAUAGUUUACGUACCAGGAGAAAUUUGCGAGGAGACAUAGAGCGGCGUAGCUUGUCCAUUAAUGAGGGAUUUGUACGUGUAUUCAAAGAAGUCAAAGAGGAACUAGAGGGUGUUCAUGAAGAUGUCCAAGCAAUGAGUGCCUGCUGCCAGGAUAUGACCAGCCGUUUAAAGCUAGCAAAGGAACAGACACAAGACCUAAUCAUUAAAACUACUAAGCUUCAAUCAGAAAACCAAAGAUUAGAAAUCCGAGCUGAGGUAGCAAAUGCUUUUUUAUCCAAGUUUCAACUAAAUGCUGAUGAACUGAAUGUCCUCAGAGGUCCAAGAGAGGGUCCGAUCACAGAGGACUUCUUCAAAGCACUUGGAAAAGUUAAAUUAAUUCACAAUGAUGUCAAGAUUCUGUUACGAACAAACCAGCAAACUGCAGGUUUGGAAAUCAUGGAACAGAUGGCACUCCUCCAAGAAACAUCAUAUGAAAAACUUUACAGAUGGGCACAAGCUGAAUGUAGAACCCUGACUCAGGAAUCUUGUGAUAUUUCUCCAGCACAAGCUCAAGCUAUGGAGGCUCUGCAAGACAGGCUUGUGCUCUACAACUACAUUCUUGAUGAGUUUGGCACAGCCAGGAGGAGUGCAGUGGUUCGUGGUUUUAUAGACGCUCUCACCAGAGGUGGGCCCGGUGGAACUCCUCGGCCAAUUGAAAUGCAUUCGCAUGACCCUUUAAGGUAUGUUGGGGAUAUGUUGGCAUGGUUACACCAGGCAGCUGCUUCAGAGAAAGAACAUCUUGAAGCUUUGCUGAAGCUCGUAACAAUGACAGGCGUGGAAGAUAAUAUUCAGCAGGUGGUGGGCCACAUCACUGAAGGAGUGUGCAGACCUUUAAAGGUGCGUAUUGAACAGGUUAUAGUAGCAGAGCCAGGUGCUGUUCUGCUAUACAAACUCUCCAAUCUCCUCAAAUUUUAUCACCACACCAUCAGUGGAAUUGUUGGAAACUGUGCAGCCACACUGCUGACCACAAUUGAAGAAAUGCAUGUCCUCAGCAAGAAAAUGUUCUUCAAUAGCCUGGGUCUUCAUGCCAGUAAAUUAAUGGAUAAGGUUGAACUCCCUCCUCCUGACCUAGGACCUACCACUGCACUGAAUCACACUUUGUCCCUGUUGCGUGAAGUUCUUUCCUGUCAUGACUCCUCAGUUGUGCCGUUGGAUGCAAGACAAGCGGAUUUUGUUCAGGUACUUUCCUGUAUAAUGGACCCACUAUUACAGUUGUGCACUGUAUCCGCGAGUAACCUUGACACCGCAGACAUGGCGACCUACAUGGUAAACUCUCUACACAUGAUGAAGACAACUUUGUCCCUCUUUGAAUUUACUGAUAAGCGGCUUGAAAUGCUUCAGUUUCAGAUAGAAGCUCACUUAGAUACUUUAAUAAAUGAACAGGCUUCAUUUGUGUUAACCAGGGCAGGAUUAAGUUACAUUUACAACAGUGUACAACAACACAAACCAGAGCAGGGUCCUUUAUCCAAUCUUCCUAAUAUGGAUGGAGGAUCACUGAAAGCUGCCAUGGUCCAGUUUGAUCGCUAUCUGUCCUCUCCAGAUAGUCUAUUAAUGCCACAACUGAAUUUCAUUUUGAGUGGAACACUAAAAGAGAAAAUUUUCAAACGAUCCACAGAGCUAGUGUAUGGUGCCUACAGCAACAUCUACGCAGCAGUUGUGAACCCAACCAACGAGUACAAGGAACCAGCAACAAUCCUGCAAAGAUCUCCACAACAAGUGCAGACUUUGCUAUCCUAACCAAUUCCAACAGGACUAGUUCAUGCCAAUCACUGUACAGCAUGUGUUAUGUUUUUUCUAUAUCCUCUAUGAAAAUUUGCUUUGGAUUCAGUUAGCAUGCUUCCUCUAUGUAAUUACAAUCUAUAUCCAGCUAACAUCAAUAUCCUCAUAUCACAGGUAAGGAGGGUAGGGAUUUAACCUUGAUAUCCUUUUCAAAAUCAGAUCAAGUAUUUGUUAGGGAAGAUUUUUCUGAUUACUGUGGAACUAAUGCAAUUUAUACUAAAGGUGCUUUGCACCAUUUUCCUGCCAUUAUGCAGAUAACUGUGUGAAUAGAAACUUCCAUGUCUGCAAAUCAGGCUUAAUAUCUUCAGUUCUAAACUAGCAACAUUUGGUCUGCACUUACUAUUUUAAUCAGUUUUAAGUGAAUAGAGAUGUUAAACUGUGCAGCUACAAACUUCAGUAGAAUGCAAGAAACCUCAUUGAUUAAAAAGGGAGGGGGAACUGUUUGUAAAUUCAUUGGAAUAUAUAAUAAAUAUGAUAAACCCAAGGAAAUCAGAAGAAAAGGUUACAUUUUCCACCAGAAUAAAAAAGUCACCCUUUACAGGUAAUUUGGCCAAUUUGUAGAUAAUAUGCAUCUCACAAAUGCCCUGUUUAAAAGUUAAACAGAAAGGAAAGAAAAUGUUUCUUAAGUAAAAGGUGGCUUAAUGUUCUUGUUUAAAAUGGUUAUCUUCAGGAUUUGAAAUUACAGAAUUAUUUUGUAUAUAAUGCAUUACGUUAAGUGAUGGUAUAGUAUAUGGAAAGAUUUUGCCUUAAAUUAAAAUUUUGGUUAAGCAAA